AACGCUUUUUUAAAAAAAAAGAACAGGAAGUGCUCCGGGAGCACUAUAUCUAUGCCGGACCCCGCCAAACUGUUCGAGCCAUGGGCAUCUCGCGAACGCUGGCGAGAAACAAGACGCUGCGCUAUGGAGUGCCGAUGAUGCUUCUUAUCAUUGGAGGUUCUUUUGGACUCAGUGAGUUUGCCCAGAUUCGCUAUGAUGCUUUCAAGCUGCGCGGAAAGGUGGAUCCAGCUCUGGAAGAAAGAAUCAAAAAGAAUAAAGUGACACUGGAAUCUGAGUAUGAGAAAUUGAAAGAUGCUAAUUUUGAUGACUGGAAGAACAUCAGAGGACCCCGUCCAUGGGAAGAGCCUGAGUCAGUCCAAGAACAGCAACGGUAGCAGCAGCAAAAACUUGGCUGGAAGUCAGCCUGACUACAGUUUCUUUUUCUGUUCAUAACACCUCCAGAACUGUGUGAUUCUCCCUGCACCUCAUCCCACCCCUGUUCUGCUCACCAGUGAAUGCAAUAGUUAACUCCAGCAAGGAAAUAACUGUUCCAAACUGAUACCAUGCCUAAGCAGAAGCUUUCUGAAUAAACAUCACUCACCAUUCUGAGGUGUGUUUUCUGGUGAUAAUAAAAAUACUUUUAUUUAUAA